AUGGCAACAGCAACAGCAGCAGCAGCAACAACAGCAGCAGCAACAAACAGCAGCAGCAACAACAAACAGCAGCAGCAACAACAGCAGCAGCAACAGCAGCAGAAGCAACAGCAGCAGCAGCAGCCCAAAAGCAGCAGCAACAGCAGCAGCAGCCCAAAAACAGCAGCACAGCAACACCAGCAGCAGCAGCAACAACAACAGGAGUUUAUGUUUCAACAUCCUUUUUCGGCUAAUGUAUCGGGACCCACCUCCUCGGGGAUUACAACACAAACCAUUCACACCAAGGUCAUGGAUGAUGUUAAAGAUUUCCGUCCGAAGGCUAUGACGAAAGCAGAGCCAUCAGAAUGGCUUAAUAAGAAUCGUCCUGUCCUUGAAGAAAUGUGGGGUCCUGAGAGUGAUAUGGGAUCGACGAUGUUCCGAAAGCGAAGACCAAGAGAGAGAGGAUGA